GGAUCUCGUGAUUGUAGUGCAGCUGCCUUGAAAAUGAGGAUGUAGAUGUUAUUAGACAAGUUUCGAGUAAAGCAGAAACGCUCAACAUGUGUUAAGUUCCUCAGUUGAUCUACAGUCGAGCUCGUGGUCUCAUCACAGCAAGUAUGUUCGUGUUUGUUUUUCUCCUGAUAUUCCUCCUGCGGCCAGCAGAGGGCGCCAACGCCACAAUCUCCUGUAUUGACGACCAGGGAAACGCAGUGGAUUGGUUCUACCUUUACAAACUGCCGCGUCCUCAUGAGCAGCCCCCAGAGGAAGGUCUGAAGUACCUGCUGCUGGAGGAGAAGAGCGAAGGCUGGACGGAGGGCGGAGGUCUGGUGGGAGACGCGACGGGGGCUUUGGGGCGGAGCCUCGGGCCGCUGUAUGAGGAUGGUGACCUGGGGUACAUCCUGUACAACGACCAGCCCCCGGUGCAGCAGCGUGUGGACGACACCAACAGAGGAGGACACACUAAAGGUGCGGUUCUGUUCGACAGCAGACAGGGGUUCUGGUUGGUCCACAGCACUCCUCAUUUCCCACCUCUCAAAACCGAGGGCAAGUUCUCGUACCCUAACUCGGGCAUCAACAACGGACAGAACUUCAUCUGUGUCACUUAUCCUCUGGAGCGCUUCGAUACCAUCGGUGAGCAGUUGAGUAUAAAUCAGCCGCACAUCUACGACUGUGACGUUCCCGAGUCUCUGGUGGCGUCGGUGCCCAGCAUGGCCGCUCUGUGUAAACACCGGAACGGGCAGAAGAACUCUACGGUCACGGACGCUUCCUUCUCCUCGCCCAAUCGCAGCGUCUCACUGCUCUCGCUGGCUGGGACGCAGUUCAUCAGCUUCGCCAAAGGAGCUUCUUUCAAGAACGACCUGUACCACGCCUGGGUGGCUCCUUCGCUGCAGACGGAUCUGCUGGUGCAGUUCUGGCGUCGCUCCACCGGCAUCCUGUCAUCCGACUGCUCCGCCAGCUGGAAGGUCCUGAACAUGGAGCAGCUCUCUCCUGGCGGCCGAGUCACCUACAAAACCACGGAGGAUCACUCCAAAUGGGCGGUGAGCGUGGGAGGAGGCGGGCUGAGGGGCGGGGCCUGGGUGUGCGUGGGGGACAUUAACAGGAACGAGGCAGAGGAGGAGCGAGGCGGCGGGACCGUGUGCCGGCAGGACGUCGUCGUCUGGAAGGCGUAUCGAGCGGCGGCACUGGAGUGCGAGUCGUGUACAGGGAAGGUGGAGAAGUGUGAGACCGCACGGCUUUACGACUGACGUAGCGCUACACGCUCGGUGCAAAAGUUUGUGCACCCUUAUUUCAAAAAGAUGAGUGUCUGGUUUUUACAACUUAAUGAAUAUGUCCAGGUUAAUAUAUAAAUAAAUAUCAUAGUGAUCAAAAUAUUCGAUAACAAAAUGACUUGUAAUAAUAGUUCAGCUGACACACACACACACACACACACUUUAUUAGUGCUUAUUUUCUUCUGACUCUUUUCGUUUUUUUACUUUUACUCGCUUGCAGUGAACAGUUUGAGCCAAUAUUAAACUUUUAAUGCCUUAUUUAAGACAAAAAGAUUAAAAAAAAAAGAUUUUUAGGUCAUUAAAUUUGAUCGAGUUAUGUUCGAAAUAAUGACUCGACGCGCGCCGCCUCACCGGGAGCAAUUUUUUUGUAGCAGGAUGAAAAAAUAUAUAUUUUUUUUUCCCUCUUUUUACUUGUUGAAUUUUUCACCUGAAAGAAAAAAGGGGUGUGAAAACUUUUGCACUUGACUUUACACUGGGGGGGAAAGCAGAAAAACGAAGCUGUACAGUAUAACGGUACGGAGUGGGACUCAUGUUCUUAUUAGUCGUUCUUAGAAAUAAACAAAAUGGAGAUUUUAUUUUAUUUUAAAAUGUCAUGUGUUUCAGUUGUGAAGUCUCUCAGGGAGAUCAGACUUAAAAUAUUAUGAAAUGUUUGUGUCACGUAAUAAAGACCGUAAUAAUCUGUAUCCCUGCUGGGGUUAAUGAUGCAGUACGAAUAAAAUACUACACCACGACGGAA